UGUUUUCAUAUGUUCAUUUGUUAAAGUUCAUCCAAAUGCUUUGUUCAUCAAAUAUAAGCAGCGAUAAUUUAUUAGAAGAUCGAUUGCUCGAUCGUUUGCAAACCGAAAACAUUUACGAAAUGUCAUUAGAAUAUUUUGAUAAAAAUGAAAGUGAAAUAAUUACAAUAAAUUGCGAUUGCAAUACGUUUAUAUUUAAUUGGGUAUCGAAUUACGAUAGACAGGUCAACAUUUUAAAGGAGGCAAUGGAAAGUCAACAAAAUAAAGUUCAGAUAUUUAAUCAUUUGACAGAGAAGUCAUUACUCAGUGUUGUUGAGCAGCUAAGCGUUAUAAAUUUUGAAUUAUUCAAUUAUAUAUGCCUUAUAAUUUUGGACAAUCAAUGUCCCUAUGGACAAUUUAUACAAACGUCAGAUAAAAUAUAUGUUCUUUUGGAAUCUGAAAUUCUUACGAAAAUCAAAACAAAUCUCACCCUAACAAAUGUUAAGCGAUUAUUGAUCAUUCAAAAACUUUUAGAUAUUCGUGAUAUAGAUGAUGAUAAAUUGGACGAUAUUACUCAUAUGAUAAUAGAACGUAAAAAGAAAACUUAUUUAGGAAGUACAUUAUCUUAUGGUUUGUCGCAAACACUUUUUGCCCAUGAAUAUGAAGACAAUUAUUUAGAAAGUCCAUUUUUAGAGGUAUUUUCACGAAAAUUUCGCGAUUAUGCUCAAACAAUGAAAAUUAACGAAAUAUUCAAUGAGAUUAGGCGUGAGAUUAAGGAAAGUCGAUAUGAUAUAAAUAUUGAGAAUGGUGGUAAUGAAUUACCAACAAGUGAUCUUAUAUAUGGAAAUGGCAUUAAAACAAAUGUAUUAAGAGACUUUUUCUAAUGAUUGACUAAUAAACGAUAUUUUUGUUGUAAUAAACAAAAACACUUUAAAUGGA